CAAGAAACAGAAAAUAAUUCUUCUUCUUCUUCUUCUUCUUAUCUUAUCCUCUCUCGCCUGAAAAAUUUCCCUGUUAAAUAUUACAAGGAAGAAUUUCCCAAAUGGGUGUCUUUAUCCGCCAUAACCAAUCUUCUGCUGUGGUUCAAUCUCACCAACGCAUGUACAAGUUCUUCAUAAUCUGCAACUACAUUCUACUGAGUGCAGCCUCUAGUUGCGUCUUCCUCACUCUCUCUCUGCGUUUAUUCCCAUCUUUCUGUGGUUUCUUCCUCAUCCUCCUCCACAUACUCACCAUCGUCGGUGCCGUCUCCGGCAGCUCCGUCGCCACAUCUGGGUCCAGCAGAUGGUAUGCGGCUCACAUGGUGGCUACUUCACUCGCUGCAAUAUUUCAAGGGUCAGUGUCAGUGCUGAUCUUCACGCAGACCGGAGAUUUCUUGGGGUACUUGAAAUCUUAUGUUAGGGAAGAAGAUGGAGCUGUGAUAUUGAAGCUGGCUGGUGGGCUUUGCGCGUUGAUCUUUUGCUUGGAGUGGGUUGUUUUGAGUCUGGCAUUUUUGCUCAGGUACUAUGCUUUUGUGGAAGGAAGUGGCUGUGCAGGUGGUAGUUCUUUAGCCGCCGGUGGAAAAGUUCAAGAAGAGGAGUUGAAGAACUGGCCCUGGCCAUUCCAAGUUUAGCUUCAUUAAUAUCUUCUUGUUGGUCAUGCUUUAUUUAUUUAUUUAUUUAAUUUAUUUCUUGUUAAUUAUUUGUUUUCUCUAUUGUAUCACUUGUCAAUUACAUUCUUGAUUAUUCAAUUCUUAAUUAUUAAUAUAUUUUAUAUUUUUCA